AGGUACUCUACAGCCGAGACACCUUGAUAUGCACACAAUCAUCGAAUCCUUUGUUGUCGAGAGAUGCUCAUCACGAACAGUUUUGAACAUAGCUCCACCGUCUUUCGGAAAGCUCCCUGCCUGCUGCACAGUCAUCGCAGAGUCUCACUCGCUAAAGUCCCACGUGAUCGCCCGCUCCGUGCUAAGGGCGCAUCGUUUGUUUACCACCGCACAAACCUCCAUUCCUCCCUCGACGACAACCACAACCACGACCACGAUCACACGCGAAAACGAUAUCCUCCAUCCAUACAGGCUGCCUUUCCGGAACCACCAACCUUCGUGCCUAGCUGCAACACCGCAAACAGGCUCCUCCGCGCUCCACAAUGGCCCGCACCAAGGGUACGGCCGUCGGCCGCGAAGUCUCCACGCCCAAACGCACUACAAUGAUUCCGCUCAACGAUGAUUCCGCCGAGAAAGCGGCGCGAACCAAGGAACGUAACCUAUUGCAGUCCGCGCAGAGGCAGAAGAUUAAGGCUGCUGCUUCCCCCGCUGUUCGCAGACAGACUUUGGGCGCGGAUGGCAUUUCGCCGAUGACUCCUAGGAACGUCGCCCAGCAGGAGACGCCAAAGAAGGUUCAGAUCUUGGCAAACUUUGAGGAGAUGAUGAAGAUGGCUACUGAUAACAAAAUUAAUGCGACAAAUUCGUGGGACUUCGCGUUAAUCGACUACUUUUAUGAUAUGAGCCUGCUGAAGGAAGGUGAUACGGUCAACUUCCAGAAAGCGAGUUGCACUUUGGAUGGAUGUGUAAAGAUAUACACCAGCAGAGUCGAUUCGAUCGCAACCGAGACGGGAAAACUACUCAGUGGAUUGGCUGAGAGCAGCGUUUCAAAACGGAAGGGCAGAGGUGCGGACGAGGAAGGAAGUGACGCAGAAGAUGGGGAGGAGGUCGAUGGCGAAGGCAAAAAGAAACCUAGGAAGAAGACCCAACGCUCCUCCGAAGCAACGCUUGCCAAGGACUUCGCUCAACUAGCAGUCAAAAAGCUCGAGCUCGAAUUCUCGGUCGACCCUCUGUUCAAAAAAGCUACGGCAGAUCGAGACGAAGGCGGAGCCAAAGGCCUUCUCCUCAAUAACCUCUUCAUUGACGCACACGGGCGAAUAGUGUUUGAUAGUAGUGACGACAAAGACGAAGAAAAGGACGGGGAGCAUGAGGAUGAUGGGGAAGACGAUGCCGUAAAGGAAGAAGAAGUUCUGGAUAAACCCGCAGAGAUUUUGAGCAAGCUUGGCGACCUCAAGAGCAGAUUCUUCCCCGACCUUUCCAUAUUGGACAAACAAGAUGUUUGCCCAUCUCUCAAGAACUUUGAUCUGAACACUUCCGAGGGACUGGAUAUUCCGUUUCUUAAGGGCCUAGAAGACCGUGACAACGGGAAGCAAGCAGCCGAUCCAGAGAAUAACGAGGAUGAUGAUGAGGAUGUCGGCGCUAGAGAUGAUAUGGCCUUCGGAUUCGACGACGGAUAUGGCAUUGGAGGUGACGACGACAUGACCAUGGCAUUCGGCGAAGGAGGAGAGGCUUGGGCCAACGAAACCAUAGCUGAUGCGGCGGAUCGUCUAUUGAGCCCAUCGAGACGACCGCUCUUCGGGUCUGGGGGGGCGGACAACGAUGAAGGUGAUUUCGAUCCUGAUGGCAGUCGGUUUAUCGGCUUUGGUGGCGGACAUGAGGAUAUUCUCAGCUACUUUGACGAAAGAGUGGGGACAAACUGGGCGGGACCGGAGCACUGGCGUAUCCGAAGAAUCAAAGACAGCUCCAAGCCAGCAAACACGGCACCGAGACCGCGAAAAGAGAAGGAGACCUUUGAGAUCAACUUCAUGGACCCUACAGCGGAUGCUCCAGCUGAGGUGUUGGGCCCGCCCAAACUUCCUUCCUCGAUCAAUAUGCCUAGGAAAGACCGAAUAAGCAAGUCCAGGAACCUACUACCCGACGACAAACACUUCAACUCCCGUCAGCUCAUCCGGAUGUUCCUGAAGCCCGACGCCAGCGUCUUGCGAAGAAGGAAGAACAAUGCAGGACCGGGUGGCAUGCUCCCUCAAAACGAUGAGCCACCAGAGAACCUAGAUGAAGAGUUCUGGGCCAAAGAGAACAUGGCAGGAGAGAUCCAAGCCUCGUCGACCCCCGGUCCCAAGGGCGAUUACGAUGCCAACUUCUUCAAUGACGAUCGUCUCGACCUUCCUGCUGGCCUUGAGGACGACGACGACGAUGCGUUCGCGGAUGCGAGGGAAUCGUUUUCACCGGGCAUCGACGGUGCGGCGGCAACCGCCGGAGGUGCCGUACCGCAGUCCCAGAAUCCUUUCUCCACCCAAGCUUUAGACUUCGGUUCACAGCUUGUUGCCCAGGCUCGUCGCAUCAGACCAGAAUACGUCCAGUACGCGCGCGUAGCAAAGAAGGUCGAUGUUCGAAAACUGAAGGAGAACAUUUGGAGCGGCCUCAAAUUUGCGCCCGGCCAAGAUCCAGACAACUCAAUACGCUCUGAAGAACCCACCCCUGACCCCUUCGAAGAACCCCGCAAGUUCACACGCGUCAUGAACAAUCUCUGUGCAGUCUAUCCCGAGAAGGUGAUGUCCGACAUUAGCACGAGCUACUGCUUCAUCUGUCUCUUGCACUUGGCGAACGAGAAGGGACUCAUCGUCGAGGAGGAGGGGGGAACUCUGCAGGAGCUGGUGAUCAGGAAGGAUCCUGCCGCGAAUGAGGCUGAUGCCUAUUAAUAAAUACCCGCUGAAUGGAUGGAGCUUGGUUGUUUGAUUUUUUUUUGGGCGCGGGGAUUUGGCGAUAGGGAUUUAGUCGUUUCGUUUCGUUUCGUUUUCUGCUUCGACUUUUGAUGGGAGCGAGGGGAGGGCUUUUUGGAUUUGAUGUGGUUCUGCGUGGACCAUGCCACCAGGGCUCUGAUGGCUGUUGGAUAUAGAAUGAGUUCCUGUACGAGUUGUAGUUAUGUAUCUGGAAAAGUGGAUGCACAAUCGAGUGAUAGGUACCGGAGGGAGUAACUGGCCCGUUCUCACUCGUCAAUGACUCCAUGGACUUCAACACGAUUCAUCUACAUACCGCAAUCAAGACUUGAACUACUAGUACCUACACAUUCGCUUUCCCGCUUUAUUGAUUCCCAGAGUCAGUACAGAUUCCGCACAGCAUCCAAAACCAAAC